AUUCCAAAAACAAGAGUCUGAAAGAGUAUGAUUGUUUUGUAUUUGCUAUCAGUUCACAUGGAAUUGAAAAAGAGGUGAAAGGAAAAGAUCAAGUGGUCCAUCAUCAUGCUAUACAAAUGUUUGAUGAUGAAUUCUUUGACACCCAAGACGUUCUGGAUUACUUCAGCCCUAAAGCAUGUAAAGCACUGACAAACAAACCAAAACUGUUCUUUAUUCAGGGUUUGAUCACGGCGCCGGACACAAAAAAGGGGGGAGGGGAACCAGGCCAUAACAAAGAUGGACAUGAUAAGAUUGACUAUCAGGACAAUGAAGGGAUCUCUGAUGAAGAGUCUGACACAGAGGAGGGAGAGGUGUCUGACACAGACAUAGAGGAUUCUGACCUUGAGUGUGACACUGACCUCCCCACAACCAACAGUCAGGAUACAGACACACGGGAGGAACAAGACACAUCAGAUGUAGAAAAAUAUUUGGAACAAAGACAGAUAGAAAUUGUCAGAAAUUUAAAGAAAUUACAAAAUGAGGUCUGGCAGCUUGGUAGAGUUUACACCCAGGAGGCCAACAAGAAACAAAUACUCACAAAGCAGCAGGAGGGGAAGGGGCUCUAUCACCUGAGAUGGAACAAACAGAGGAUGAGCUGGAUCCAGCAAGAGGAAUCAGAUUACAUCCUCCAGCAGAGAUGGGAAUGCUGGGAGAUGACGUGGAUCCACCUAAAGCGCGGCGAUAUCGGCCGACGGUGGCCCCAGUCCAUAUCACGUCUGUCCCCUGUCACAACGAUAUGCUCAUCAUGUUUGCAUCACCACAAGGAAUGUAUGCUUUUAGGAGUAAAGAAGAUGGCAGCUACAUGUUGCAGUUCUUGUAUGAGGCUGUAGAAAAAUUUUAUGGAAAUGGAAAACUUAAAGACAAUAAUACUGACUUCCUUGAAGUUUUGAGGGAAAUCACAGCAGUCAUGUCUAGCAGGUUGUUCUAUGGUAAAAAGAAAUACACCAAUGUUUCAUGUACCAUACAUAAGCUCUCCAAAGAUAUUAUCUUCACUCAAGGAAAAAACAUGACUGACUCCAAGUUUUCAAAGAAACUGUCCAACAUUUUAACAUCUUUUUUUGCUAAUUGGAAAUAAAAACAU